AUGAUAAAUCAAAUUGAUCAUCGAAACUCAUUCAGAUACCUCCAAAGAACAAUUGCUUAUGUUCGCCGUGUAUUUCAUCGCACACAAUCACCAACAAGAACACUUUCUCCAAAAGAAUUACGAGAUGCAUUAGUCUUCAUAAUUAAAACUAUUCAGGGCUCAGAAUUUGCAAAGGAAAUCUCUGAUUUAAAACAAUGUAAAGCAGUCAACAGUUCGAGUCAACUAAAUACUUUAGCACCGUUCAUUGACGAACAAGGUGUACUUCGUGUUGGAGGAAGGCUUGAAGCAUCAACAUUGCCAUAUGAUGCUAAACACCCAAUGGUAAUUCCUUACAAUCACUCAAUAGUGAAAUUGAUGUUCAAAAUGAAACAUGAAGAAAAUUCCCAUUGUGCUCCACAAUUAUUGCUAAGCAUAAUGAGACAAAACUUCUGGCCGAUUAAAGGAAAGAUUAUGUCGCGAAACAUUGUUCACAGCUGUGUCAUCUGUUCAAAGGCAAAACCAAAACUGAUGGACCAACUCAUGGGCAACGAGUUACUCUGA